AUGGCGGCCGACUCCGCCGAGAAGGCGCGGGCGCUGGAGCAGUGCGAGAGGGAUCUGGACCUGGCGAUCGAGCGCCUGGUCAACCUGCGCCUGGACCCCGAGCACGACGCCGCGCCUGACAUCAACGGCGACGCCAUCCGCCACGCCCCCGCCGCCGCCGCGGUCCCCGUCCCGUCAGGCGGCGGCACCAUCAGCCACGCGGAAUGGGUCGAGAGGCUCAUGACGGAGAUGGCGAGCGCCGCGGACGCGGGCGACGCCAGGGCCCGCGCCGCCAGGUUCCUGGAGGACUUCGGCGCCUCUGUCGCCGCCGCCUGCGCGGAGCGGCACGGAGCGGCCCUGUGGGAGAACGCCAUCCUGAAGAAGGCCGUGCGCCUGCAGCACCGGCUGGACAGGGAGAAGGCGGCGGCGAACCGGGAGCUCCAGGAACGCGUGAGGAGCCUGGAGGCGGACAAGUACGCGCUGUCCGUGCACCUCAGGCGCGCGCGGCCGCAGGGUGGAUCCAUGAGCGGGCGGUUCCACCCGGAGGUUUUCUGAGGAAAGAAAGCGUGGCUUCUCUAAGCAAUGCAAGAAGAAGGGCAAGCUAACUGAAUCCGAAUUCAGGUUUAGGUACUACGUGGUCUAACAAGAGUGUAGACCUCUCACACCGACUAACCUAGGCGUGCAGUUCCUCUGAUUUUUUUUUUUGACAUGACUGGGAACAACUACUAAGCCAAGUUAACCUGCUUGUGAAUGAGGCUCAGUAACGGAAUCAUGACCUAUCUUAGCCGCACACACCCACACCUCGAGUAGUGAGAUUUGUCAUG